AAUCAGAAAAGCAAUUUCCCAUCACCCCCUCCCUUCCUCCCCCCUUCUCGUCCCCCGCUCCUCCGCCUCGCGUAGCGUGGGAAGCCACCGGCCAGGCGCCCACGCCGCGCAGCUCGCUAGCUACCUCUCCCUACGUCCGCCCUCCUGCCGCGGAUCCGGCUGCCCUCUCCGGCCGAAGCCCCCCGCCGCGCCGGGCCGGGUGCGGAGGGGGAGCGGCGAUGGCGACGCACGAGCGGAAGACGAUCGAUCUGGAGCAGGGGUGGGAGUUCAUGCAGAAGGGCAUCACCAAGCUCAAGAACAUCCUCGAGGGCAAGCCCGAGCCGCAGUUCAGCUCCGAGGACUACAUGAUGCUCUACACGACGAUUUACAACAUGUGCACGCAGAAGCCGCCGCACGACUAUUCGCAGCAGCUCUACGAGAAGUACCGCGAGUCAUUCGAGGAGUACAUCACGUCCAUGGUCUUACCUUCGCUAAGGGAGAAGCAUGAUGAGUUUAUGUUGAGAGAGCUAGUAAAAAGGUGGUCAAAUCAUAAAGUAAUGGUUCGGUGGCUAUCACGCUUCUUCCAUUAUCUUGAUCGGUACUUCAUUUCCCGGAGAUCACUACCGCCACUUAGAGAAGUUGGGCUUAGUUGUUUCAGAGACUUGGUAUACCAAGAGAUCAAAGGGAAAGUAAAAAGUGCAGUCAUAUCUUUGAUUGACCGAGAACGUGAAGGUGAACAAAUAGAUAGGGCCCUGUUGAAGAAUGUUCUGGAUAUAUUUGUUGAAAUUGGUUUGGGUAGUAUGGAGUGCUAUGAAAAUGAUUUUGAAGAUUUCUUGCUUAAAGAUACUGCCGAUUACUACUCUAUCAAGGCCCAAACCUGGAUCCUUGAGGAUUCUUGUCCGGAUUACAUGUUAAAGGCUGAAGAAUGCCUGAAAAGGGAAAAGGAACGAGUUGCUCAUUAUUUGCAUUCUAGCAGUGAACAGAAGUUAUUGGAGAAAGUGCAGCACGAACUGCUAACUCAGUAUGCAAGCCAACUCUUGGAGAAGGAACAUUCUGGAUGUCAUGCACUACUUCGUGAUGACAAGGUUGAGGAUCUGUCUAGGAUGUAUAGGCUCUUUUCCAGAAUAACUCGUGGCCUAGAACCUGUUUCUCAGAUAUUUAAGCAGCAUGUUACUAACGAGGGCACAGCUUUAGUCAAGCAAGCAGAAGAUGCUGCUAGCAAUAAGAAGCCAGAGAAGAAGGAUAUGGUUGGUCUACAAGAACAGAUUUUUGUCCGGAAAAUCAUUGAGCUGCAUGACAAGUAUGUAGCAUAUGUUACAGAGUGUUUCCAGGGCCACACUCUCUUUCAUAAGGCCCUUAAAGAGGCUUUUGAGGUUUUCUGCAAUAAAGGUGUUUCUGGUAGUUCAAAUGCUGAAUUGCUAGCCACCUUUUGUGACAAUAUUUUAAAGAAAGGUGGCAGUGAAAAGCUUAGCGACGAAGCAAUUGAAGAUACUCUUGAGAAGGUGGUAAGGCUGCUUGCAUACAUCAGCGAUAAGGACUUGUUUGCUGAAUUUUACAGAAAGAAGCUUGCAAGGAGAUUACUUUUUGACAAGAGUGCUAAUGAUGAGCAUGAAAGAAGCAUCCUGACCAAACUAAAACAACAGUGCGGAGGGCAAUUCACUUCAAAAAUGGAGGGCAUGGUUACUGAUCUGACUGUUGCAAGAGACCAUCAAACAAAGUUUGAAGAGUUCAUAAGCAACCAUCCGGAGCUGAAUCCUGGAAUAGACUUAGCUGUUACUGUUCUGACAACAGGAUUUUGGCCAAGCUACAAAUCUUUUGACAUAAAUCUGCCUUCUGAAAUGGUGAAAUGCGUAGAGGUUUUCAAAGAGUUUUACCAAACAAGAACAAAGCACAGGAAGCUUACCUGGAUAUAUUCCCUGGGAACCUGUAAUAUCAGUGCUAAGUUUGAGGCCAAAACUAUUGAGCUCAUUGUUACAACUUAUCAGGCUGCAUUGCUGCUGCUAUUCAAUGGAGCUGACAGGCUCAGCUAUUCUGAGAUUGUGACACAGCUAAAUCUCUCAGAUGAUGAUGUUGUUCGCCUUCUUCAUUCUCUUUCUUGUGCAAAGUACAAGAUUCUUAACAAAGAACCUAGUAACAAAUCUAUUUCACCAAAUGAUGUCUUUGAGUAUAAUUCAAAAUUUACUGACAAGAUGCGAAGAAUAAAGAUACCUCUUCCUCCAGUUGAUGAGAAGAAGAAAGUAGUUGAAGAUGUUGACAAGGAUCGCAGGUAUGCAAUUGAUGCAUCCAUAGUGCGCAUUAUGAAGAGCCGGAAAGUUUUGGGUCAUCAACAACUUGUAAUGGAAUGUGUGGAGCAGCUUGGUCGCAUGUUCAAGCCGGACUUCAAGGCAAUAAAGAAGCGGAUUGAGGAUCUUAUCACAAGGGAUUACUUGGAGAGGGACAAAGAUAACCCUAAUGUGUACAGAUACUUGGCUUGAUCAUCACGUGUGCUGUCUGGGGUCUGGAAUGAUUGCCCGAGCCUGAUUUCUUUGUCAGAUGGGGUAUUGCCGUGAUUUAUCGGCAACAUCUAUAAUUCUCUUAUGGUCAGCGUGGGCAUUUCUCUGCUGUACAUCCAGCUUGCCCAGUGGUUGGCCUGUCAGUGGAGACAACAGGGAUGAAAAAUUCACGGAUGGGAACGCGUGGAUCAGAAGGCAUGCAGCUACGAUGUAAGUUGUAACACCAUAUGUUAGAUCUUGUACCAUUUGUUGUAUUUUUCCCUCCCAAUAUAUAUAGCUUUGUUUUAUUUCAAUCAGUUGUCUAGAUAAUUGGAGCGAUAGUAACCAUGCAUUGGCGGCACACCGUGCUACUCAGUGCAGUAAGAUGCCAUUCUUGUUGUAUUUAUUGUGCAUCGUGUCUUGUAUAGUUGCCGGAGGUGCGGGUUGUAAUGGUCAUAAGUAUGGCCUUUUCCUUGUAUACGAGCAGAGCACAAGCGAAGUACUCUUUCUGCAUGUAAUUUGCAAAUUAAGCUUUUCAUUGUUAAAAUAAAUUUGUAGAA